GGUGGCAUUGUGUGUCCCGGAGUGCAGGAGCCAGUCCCAGAAGAGAGGCGAGGCUGCGCCCAGAGUGCUGGGUUGCUUCAGCAGGGAAGACUCCCUUCCCCCUGCUUCAGGCUGCUGAGCACUGAGCAGCGCUCAGAAUGGAAGCCAUCGCCAAAUAUGAUUUCAAAGCCACUGCAGACGACGAGCUGAGCUUCAAAAGGGGGGACAUCCUCAAGGUUUUGAAUGAAGAAUGUGAUCAGAACUGGUACAAGGCAGAACUCAAUGGGAAAGAUGGCUUCAUUCCCAAGAAUUACAUAGAAAUGAAACCACAUCCGUGGUUUUUUGGCAAAAUCCCCAGAGCCAAGGCAGAAGAAAUGCUUAGCAAACAGCGGCAUGAUGGGGCCUUCCUUAUCCGAGAGAGUGAGAGUGCUCCUGGGGAUUUCUCCCUCUCUGUCAAGUUUGGAAAUGACGUGCAGCACUUUAAGGUGCUCCGCGAUGGAGCUGGAAAGUAUUUCCUCUGGGUGGUGAAGUUCAAUUCUUUGAAUGAGCUGGUAGAUUAUCACAGAUCUACAUCCGUCUCCAGAAACCAGCAGAUAUUCCUCCGGGACAUAGAACAGGUGCCACAGCAGCCGACGUACGUCCAAGCCCUCUUUGACUUUGAUCCCCAGGAGGAUGGAGAGCUGGGGUUCCGUCGGGGAGACUUUAUCCACGUCAUGGAUAACUCAGACCCCAACUGGUGGAAAGGGGCUUGCCACGGGCAGACCGGCAUGUUUCCCCGCAAUUACGUCACCCCCGUGAACCGGAACGUCUAAGAAUCGAGAAGAGAUUAUUUAAAGAAAGUGAAAAAUUUAAACACAUACAAAUGAAUUAAAUCCAUGAGCUGCCUCUAACAGCAGCCUGAGCAGGAGCUCCGAACACCUGGCGGGGUCACCUGGUGACCCUCUCACUUUGGUUGGAACUUUGGGGGGUGGGAGGGGGAGUUGGAUAUAACAAUGCCAAAACUUACCUAUGAAUUAAGAAAAAGAGUUUUUAUUACAAGUUUUCACUGCUGCUCCUAGUUCUCCUCCUUUGUCCUUUUUUCAUCUUUUUUCUCUUCUGUCCAUCAGUGCAUGACGUUUAAUGACACAUAUAGUCCUAGCUGAUGCCAAUAAUAAAAGAAAAGAAACCAAGUGGGCUGGUAUUUUCUCUAUGCAAAAUGUCUGCUUUAGUCAGAAUGACUGAAAGAACAGCCAUUGCUGGGUUUCCAUAGAGACACGGGGGGUCGGGGAGUGACGGCUUACUCUAUGCCAGAGGGGGCAGGACUGGGACUCUGCCCUCCAGCCCCCUACCAUGUAUUUUGUCAAAGCUGGAAAUAGAGGGGGCAAAAGGAAGGAGGGUUGCCCCCAUGCCUUCCUGAGAAAGUUAAACUGCAAGCCUGUCUCUUUCCGGCAUUGCUUUCCCUCCCGAAUGGCAUCACUGAGCAUGUUGUUUUCAUAGUGCCUUUUUCCUUACUUCAAGGGUUGCUUCUGAGUGAUGUUUUCUGUUUGUUUGGUUUACAAUAAGUUAAAGACAGGCCAGAGCUUUUCAGCCCGUGUGUCGCCUAGUCUGUGUAAAUGCCUUUCCCUCGGUGAGGGGAGCACAGGUGGAGAAGAGCAGGCGCAGGCAGAAGUGGAGGGUGUGGCCUGCUGCCUGUCCCGAGCCAGGAGUCGUUCAGGUUUGGCUUUAAUACUUGUGAGCCCCCGGAGGUGACAGGAGCGGAAGCCGGUGUCUGGUCGCUGCCCAGGGAGCAGUGUGGCAGCUGCCGGGGCAGGAGGACAGGCUGCAGCUCUGCCCACACUGGACUGGGUGUGGCUGAAAGGGGGUCAGCGUCCUUGACUUUGCCAUCUCAGGUGUUUUCUGCCCCCCUCCUUAAUCCCCAGAGACCCCUGACUCAAACCCUGGAGCCAGCAAGUUUCAAACACAGGAAAGCCGGAGGAAUUUAGACUCGCUCUCCCUCGGUCAGGAUGCGCCGUGUUCCUACAUCCAGGAUGCAGUGGAAAGUGAGCUUCACUUCAUCUUUCUUGCUCUGCAAACCAGGGUACCUGUUCCUGCCUUUUCUCUCUCGUGUCCCCACCCAACCUGCCCAGGUGAGCCUUAGGGCAGCGUUCACGAAGCAGCUGGGUGGUUUUCCUGUCUCCAUUCACAGCGGGCUGUGUGUAUAGCUGCUCCACCCCAGCCCCCCAGAACUCAGUGUCUCCGAGAAGCAGGGAGAGCAGGAAGGGAAGACUGGAAAUGUAGGCAGGCCGAGUCCACGGAAGAGCUCUCUGUCCGCCUCCUGUGCCAGCUGCUUGCCCCUCAGAGCCAUGUGCCUGUGAACUUUCUCCACCCAGUCCCUCCCACAGCACAGCCGGCCCGGAGUUGGUGACUGGUGACGGCCUUGGGUCUGAAGCGGUCGUCGGAGUCUCCCUGGCCUCUGGUCAUGGAGCCGGACUCAGAGGCCCAGGAGGUGCUGCUCCUCUGGACAGAAUUCGGCCUCUCCUCGCUCCCUCCCUGAUGGUAAAGGAAUCUGGCAUUCUGCACCUGGACCACGUGAUUGUUUUAUUUUGGAAUUGGUGUAUAUCAUGGAGCCUUGCUGAACUAAGUUUUGUGUGUAUAUAUUUAAAAAAAAAUCAGUGUUUAAAUAAAAAGACCUAUGUACUUAAUCCUUUAACUCCGCGAAUAAAACUUGGUAGUUAGUGAUUAACUGUGAAUAAUAAACCUACAAUGACUUCUUCA